AUGCAAUUUGAGUCAAAUAAAUUACUGAGMCGCCAUUUUCUUUUAUCCCUUCCGCAGGAUCACUGUCACUAUCGGGGCUAUGUGGAGGACGUGGAGGGAUCAUCUGUGGCCAUGAGUAUCUGCUUUGGGCUAAGAGGGGUGCUCCUCAUGGACAACUCCAGCUAUGGGAUUGAGCCGCUGGUGUCUUCCUCGGACUUCCAGCACCUAGUGUACCGGCUGGAGGACGUGGUGUCGGAGCCGCUGGUGUGUGGCACUCCACACACGGAACAACUAGCCCCAUCUGAACAGGACCACUCAGCGCAUCACACCCACUCUGACACACACAAACAGCCUGUCAGCCACCUCCUCAGGCGAAAGCGGGCAGUGCUGCUCCAGCCACACUAUGUAGAGCUGUUCCUGGUGGUGGAUAAUGAGAGGUUCACCUACAUGCACAGGAAUGAGACUGCAGUGCGAGACGAGAUGAUUCAUCUUGCAAACUACAUUGACAGUGUAAGUAUACAAAAAAGUAUGCAUACUACAAGUGCUCAAUCAGGGUCAAAUACCCUACGACACAGUAUGGACAUUGUGGGGCAUAAUGGUUGGGAGACUGACAUUUAUAACACCGACCCUGCUGUGUGGGGGAUGACUUCUCCCACCUCCGGAGGGGUUUUGGACRKUUCGGUGGCGGACGCGCCKGGGAAGAAGAGCUUUGGGGGCACUGCUGGGAUGGCCUUUGUCAGCACGGUCUGCUCGCGGAGUCACGGGGGUGGGAUCAACGCAUUCACCAACAACAACAUCCCGUCCUUUGCGUCCAUCGUGGCCCACGAGCUGGGCCACAACCUGGGCAUGAACCACGACGACGGGCGUAACUGCCACUGCGGGGUCACCAGUUGUAUUAUGAACUCGGGCGCCACUGGCUCGCGGAACUUCAGCAGCUGCAGCGCCGACGACUUUGAGAAGAUGAUCCUGAACACGGGGGGCAGCUGCCUGCUUAACAUCCCGCAUCCUGAAGAGGCCUACAGCGCCCCCUACUGUGGCAACAAACUGGUGGAUAUGGGAGAGGAGUGUGACUGUGGCUCAGACAAGGAAUGUGAGAAGGACCCGUGCUGUGAAGCCAAGACCUGCAAGCUCAAGGGUGGAGCACAGUGUGCUUAUGGAGUGUGCUGUAAAAAUUGUCAGUAUUUGCCAGGGGGCUCAGUGUGUAGAGGUAGCAAUGAUGAGUGCGACCUCUCGGAGUACUGCAACGGCUCAUCUGCACUGUGUCCAAGCGACGUCUUCAAGCAGAACGGCCAACCCUGCAAAGUGGUUAAGGCCUACUGCUACAAUGGGAAGUGCCAGCAAUACGAUGGACAAUGCCGGGCCAUCUUUGGCCCAAAGGCAAAGGCUGCCCCAGAGGUGUGUUUCAAAGAUGUCAACUCCAAGGGGGAUCGUUUUGGUAACUGCGGCUACCAGAACAAUGGCUACAAGAAGUGUGAGAGCAGGAAUGCCAUGUGUGGGAAGCUGCAGUGUGAGAACGUCCAGUCGGUCACCGUCUUUGGCAUCGAGCCCUCCAUCAUCCAGACGCCCAUCGCCGGAAUCAAGUGCUGGGGCGUUGACUUUCUGCURGGGUCGGACGUUCCAGACCCUGGCAUGGUGAACGAGGGGACCAAGUGUGGAGAGAACAAGGUCUGUUUGAAUUACGAAUGUCGGAGUGCCGACGUGCUUAACUACGACUGUGACAUCCAGAAGAAAUGCCACAGUCACGGGGUGUGUAACAGCAACAGGAACUGCCACUGUGAGAACGGCUGGGCACCGCCCUACUGCGAAGUUAAAGGUUUCGGCGGCAGCGUGGACAGCGGCCCUACGUGGAACGACAAGGACACCGCCACAAGGGAUGGGCUGCUGGUUUUCUUCUUUCUGGUACUGCCUCUGAUGGCGCUGGGCCUCUUCGUCUUCUUCAGGAGGAAUGAGCUGCAGAGGCGCUUCUGCAGGAGGAAAAGAUCCCAGGGCUACGAGGCCGACAGCAGACCUCAGGCCAACACUAGCCGAGGCCCUCCUCCGAGAGCCAACCCCAACACCAUUGUCAAAGACAGACACCAAGCUCAGUUAUUACCACCAGAGGAGGUUGUGCAGACGAGCAGGACCGUCUCUGUGCCAUCUUAUGCUGUCAGACCACCUCCUCCCUAUUCAAGACCAACACCUGCUGCAACACAACUUGUGCCUCAAAGACCUGCGCCCCCACCCCCAGUCUAGCCCAUGGAAACGCGGUCAGCCAAAAUCCACACAUGAAAUGCAGUCACUUGACAUAAGAGGCACACCUGCAAUACAGAGUUGUAAAACAAACUGGACCCGUUUCUGAUCCACUCCAAGGUGUCUUUUUUGUUGUUGUUGCAAGAAGCAGAGAUGUUUGGCUACAUGAGACCGCUGCUACCAAUUGCAUACACUUCACUUCUCCUUGAGCAACUGUCAUAGGAAUGUAAAGAUGAYGACACACAAGCCCUUGAUGAUCAUAGUGGGGAGUUUGUGUUGGUUAAGUAAAACAUUUUAAUUAACAUUUUAGACAAACCUGAUGGUGCUGGUGGGAAUGUAAUCCAUGCGCCGGCUUAACUGAUACURCAGAAAUGUACCUGGUUUGGAUCAUACUGCCUGCAGUUUACUCUCUCUUUGGUCCUACUGUAUGAUGAUUUGUGUUCUUUAUUCCCUGAAGACAGUUUUGACUCCUCAGAUGCUUUUAUCAGAUUCAGGCCACAUGAGUUUAACAUAAAACUUUUUUUUUAUUUUCACUUGGUUAAUGGUAAUAUGCACCCUUUCAUCACUUGAUAACCCGCAGAUAUUUAAAGUUUUGCAGUAUUAAAUCUGGUUUGAAUUAGUUGUCUUAUAAGUGUGUCCCAUACAGUACAAUAAUGUUGCUCUUACAACCUUAAUCUUAUGUUGCCGUUAAUUUAGCUUAAAAACCAUGCUGGAUUUCUAUCUUCAUUUUUCACCUUUUGGAAAUUAAGACAAUAUCGUGAACAUAUUGGAUAAUGAGCUAGAUUACACCUGGACCUUUUGACUGAUAAAUGUUUUCUGCAUUUGGUGACCCAAUACAGAUAUUCAUAGCCUGUCCCUUUGUUACAGUUCUUCUAUUCAAUACAUUUUAUAGGAUACUUAUAUUUUCCAAUUUAGCCAUUAUCUCCAAAUGUAGGCACCUUUAUUAAUAAUUUGAUUAAUAAACCGGGUCUAAGGGCAUUCGGUUGCGACAGCUUGUGAGAUAAACCAUGGUUCAAUGACCGUACAUGCAAGCAGCAUGCGUGACGGCGUCCGAAAUGACAUCCAUAAUCGGUAGACAGGUCUGAUUCAUAGGUUGCCGUUUGCAUCGCCRAACAGUGAARAAACUAUCAAAUCACAUUUUUAGACGCUAACCCUCCUCCCCAAAACAAAAUCUAAUAUGGAUGCCAAUGUUUUGUUCUCGCUUUGUGUGCGCACAUUUUCUCAACUUCCCGCAUGGUGCCUAUAUUGCGUGGCGGAUUAGCUUGACAGACAGGUGUGAAACACAGCCAUGUGUUCACGCAAAAUGAGAACACAAUAUAGAAUCCAUAAUUGGUUUUGAUUUGAGGUGGGAGGUAGCAUCUAAAAACUGGAUUUAAUAGUUUAUUCACUUUUCUGCGACGCAAACAGUGACCAAUCAAUCAGAACCUUUAUUUAACUAGGCAAGUCAGUUAAGAACCAGUUCUUAUUUACAAUGAUGGUCUACCCUGGACAAACCCUAACCCGGACGAUGCUGGGCCAAUUGUGCGCUGCCCUAUGGGAYUCCCAAUCACAGCCGAUUGCGAUACAGCCUGGAAUCGAACCAGGGUCUGUAGUGACGCCACUAAUACUGAGAUGCAGUGGCUUAGACCACUGCGCCACUCGGGAGCCCCAAAAUGUACUUAGACCGCUGCGGCACUUGGGAGCCCCAACAGGAGCCCCAAAAAAUACUAUAAAUAAAAACUUGCACUUGCGACCAGACCGUCAUUAGUGCAUGACUUAUCUCGCAAGCUGUCACUAUGGAAUUCCCUUAGACCCAAGCUACAUACAUUUUUUGACUUAUGAAUUAAUGAUAUAUACCCAUUGAUCGCUUUAUUGUUUCCGCUGCUGAUUGCCACUUURAUGUGUGUCCAUUUUAUUUGACUGGUUUUGUUGUAUCCCUGAUUUGUUUGAAAAAAAUAUAAYAUAAAAUAAGUCAAUAUUUAAGGGCUAUGUAACAUUUCAUGUGAUCAUGCCAUGUUUGCAUUUUGAGAAACUAUAUCGAGGUCAAUGGCCUAUGCAUUGAAAACUGGUGAACAUUCUGAAAUGUGUUUACUGUAUAUUCGGACAUGAUGAUUUUCCAAUGACGGGAAGGCGGCAGGUCAUGUGGCUUUAGAAGCAUCCUGUCUCAGACAUUUGAAAGACACUGCCUGCAUAAACGUUACUGAGGCAUCCUAUAGCAAUAUGGCAAUCCUCCCACCUCUUUGAUGCUGCAUACAACAACCAACUUCCUUAGCCACAAUAAAGACUGACUUCUUCAAGAACAAAUGUCAUCACGUGUCAUACUGUAGCAGGCUACAUGCUGAAGUAGACUUUUAACAAAUGUUUGUUUGAGGAUCAUGCACGUAUGUGGUUGACAUUUCACGUUUUAUGUUUGCAGAAUGUGAAAAUGAUUUGAUUGGCCUGAUUUGAACUGCAUUUCCUACAUCUUCCAGGUUCUCUGUAUAUGAUGAUGUGAUAGCUGGCAAUAGUGAAAAUGUCUGACACUUUGUGAUUCAAAGAAAGUCAUGGCUGCCUUGAUUGGACUAAUUGGUGGUGGUGAUUUUUGUAAUGCAUAUGAAAUAAAAAUCCACAUACUCACAUAAA